AUGCAAGAUGAGUAGGAUUUGUGCUAAGAACUUUAUCACCUUUACUUCAACAUUAAACAGGAAUACUUCAAUGUAUCUAAUUCAUCAAUCCCUAGAACCACUGACAUCUUCUAUUCACUAUUGUAAGUCCUGAGUUAAGCUUCAAUGUUAGGAUAUAUCAUUUGGUAUGCAUACACAGAUGAAUACUUUAAGUAGAUGCUGGUACUAAACGAUGAACUUAUAAUCGCAGGAUUAACAUAAUUUUAAGAAGUCGAGGAAUCUGUCAUUACUCUUAAUAAAUCUGAACUCUUAGAUAAAUUUCAAGUUUAAAGUCUAGAUUCUUUGUGUUUUGUCUAUAAGAUGAAUCACUUUAAAAAGGAGAUCCAAAAGUAGAUCUUAAAGAGAGUUAAAUAAGAUGGUCUAAACUUGAUUGACGCUAUUUCACAGACUUGUAAUUUGUAACAUGUAUUGAGAGAUUUCUUAAAUGAAUAAACUUAUUUCCAAUCUGCUACUGCACUCUUUAUUACAAAACCCAUGAUUCAGAAAAACUAAACAGAAAGAUCCUACUUUGUUGGAGGCUAUAAUGUAAGACCAAGCGAUGUAAACUGGUUAGUCAAUUAAUCAGGUUAGAAAUCAAAAACUUGCAGUUGGAUUUUGAUAAUCAGUGGAUAUGUGAUUCAAGUAUUAAUUGCUAAUUUAAUUCUUACUCAAUUAACACUAUUAAAUGAAAACGAAGAUUCUACUGAAAAUGGGAAUUAAGUCUUAGGAAAAGGAUAAGAAAUAUUAUAGUCAUUAUUCAUAACAAUAGCCAUCAUCUUCAUCAAUGAAUUCAUGAUUAUGUCAAUUAAACCAUUGAUAGGUCUAUUGAAUCUGCCAUCCUAACACAACACCUAGAUCUUUGUUAUGCUGAUGCUCUCUAUCUUCUAUUUUAUACUGUAAAUGUCCAUCGUUGUUGAUUUAAAUCUACAAUAAAAACAAGGAAACAUGCAAAAUGAAAUGUGGAAACAAGGUGGAGCUUUGGAAACAUACUUUUCAAUUUCUAUAGGAAAUGGGUUAUCUGCCUUAUCAGAAACCUUCUUUGAUGCUGAAUAUUUCCUACAUAUACUCUUAAGAAAAUGGCAUUAUUAUCGAAUGAAAAAAUGUAAACUAGUUUAAUAUGAAUUGAAUUAACUUUAUGAAAAAGAAAGCCUAACUUGGACUGAUAAAAUUGCUUUUAUGAACUUUUUGAUCUUUGCGAGUAUUCUCUUUAGCUAAUUUCUCCCCAUUUGUCUACCUGCAUGCAUUAUUGUCCUGAUAUUAACCUACUACUUAUAAAAAUAUCUAUAUUUGAAUCGCUACUCAAAAUCAAAUGACAAUAAAUAUAAUCCUCAUAUCAUAGUGUAACUUCCCUUCUACAUGAUCCUGUUAAAUCAAUUUGCCAUCAUCUAAAGUAUGGUUCAAUAUUUCCUAAUUGGAAAAAGACCUGUUGAUUUAAUAGAGAAUACUGAGUCAAAUGAUUUAUCCAUGGGUCAUACUGAUAUCAUCUGGCUAACAAUCUAAAUAGUCAUUUUAUUUACUAUUUAUUUCAUCCAAAAAUUGUUUUUUAAAAAGCACAAAGCCCUAUCUUAGCAUUAAAGUAUUCGACUAAGCGAAUCUGACCUAGAUUAAUUCAAAACACUUGAUAUAAAACAACUAGGUUUCGUUGCAAAUAAUCCAUUAAUGAAUAUUGGAAAAAUAGAAAACUUUAUUGGAAGGAAGUAUGAAGAACUUACUAAUGAUGAACUCAAUAAUUAUUUAUAAAGCAUGAAACAUUCCCCAUAGGAUUAGUUUUUGUAAUCAUUGUCUGUAGACCUAUAUAAUAAAUUAUACAAAAAAAUUAACAAAAUUAUUAAAAUAUAACCUUCUGCCAUAAUUGAUUGA